CUCUCUCCCGGCUUCCAUCGCACGCUGCUCUCUUCUCUCUUCUUCCCGGCAACGAUGGUCGUAGCUCAGAAGCUGAAGGAAUCCGAGAUCACCGAGCAGGAUUCGCUACUUCUGACUCGGAAUCUGCUUCGCAUUGCAAUAUACAACAUCAGCUACAUUCGAGGUCUCUUUCCAGAGAAAUACUUCAAUGAUAAGUCAGUCCCAGCUUUAGAGAUGAAGAUUAAGAAGCUCAUGCCAAUGGAUGCUGAGUCCCGGAGGCUGAUCGAUUGGAUGGAGAAAGGGGUAUACGAUGCACUGCAGAAGAAGUAUCUGAAGACAUUGCUCUUCUGCAUCUGUGAGGAAAUCAAUGGUCCGAUGAUUGAAGAGUAUGCUUUUUCUUUCAACUAUGCAAGUUCGAACGGGCAGGAGGUUUUUAUGAAUGUGAGCGGCAGCGGGAACAGGAAGAACAGUGCAACUUUCAAAUCCAAUUCCACUGAUAUCACUCCUGAUCAAAUGAGGAGCUCUGCUUGUAAAAUGGUUCGCACCCUAGUUCAGCUAAUGAGGACUCUCGACCAAAUGCCAAACAAUCGCACUAUUCUGAUGAAGCUUCUCUAUUAUGAUGAUGUCACGCCAGAAGAUUAUGAACCCCCAUUUUUCAGAUGCUGCUCUGAAAAUGAAGCUAGUAAUGCAUGGGCCAAGAAUCCAUUGAAAAUGGAAGUGGGGAAUGUCAACAGCAAGCAUUUUGUAUUAGCACUGAAGGUUAAGAGUGUCUUGGACCCUUGUGAGGAUGAAAAUGAUGAUCUUCUUGAAGAUGAAGAGGUUAACUUGGGAGCUGACUCCAUGCAAGAGGACAAUUCCUCUUCUGAUAGUGAGGCUCACCCUUGUGAAAAUCAGUACUUUGUCGCACCUGUUGGUCAGAGAUGCGUUGGGAAAGAUAAUACAAUGGCCUCUGAAGAUGAUACUCAAGAUGCUGCUCAAGAAGAUGAGCAGACAUCACGCAUGAAGGAAUGGAUUAAUGCAAGACAAGUGACCACUGUUGAUCUCACAGAUAUUCUUUCCAAUUUCCCUGAGAUAUCUGUGGCAUUGACUGAAGAUAUUGUUGAGAGGCUGUUGAAAGAGGGAUUGCUAACAAAAGCUGGGAAGGAUAGCUAUACCAUAAAUAAGGAGCCAAACUCCAAAACCUGUGGCGUGAAGGAAGAGGUGGAUAUGCAAGACAUUGCAAAGGCUGAGAGGACUUCCAAAAGUGCUGAUGCUGAUUUUAUGUAUAUGAAGGCUCUUUAUCAUGCUCUUCCCAUGGAUUAUGUCACUGUCGCAAAACUUCAUUCUAAACUUGAUGGCGAGGUUAACCAGAAUACCAUCCGUAAAUUCAUUGAUAAGAUGGCUCAAGAAGGAUUUGUCCAAAACACAGGCAACCGUAGACUUGGUAAGCGUGUCAUUCACUCAGAAUCCAGCAGCAGAAAAUUAAUGGAGGUCAAGAAGGCUUUGGAGGGCAAACAAGCGGAAUUGGAGCCCAAUAGCAACAAACCUUUUGCUUUCAAUGAGACAACCAUCCUUUCCAUUGGUCUCAAUACUAAAGAUGGAUCUACUUGUGGUGUCCUUCACUCCAUUGGAUCUGAUCUUACUCGUACAAGAGGACGAUCAGAGACAUAUCAGAAUGGAUCAGUACGAAGUGGUCAAACAGCUCACACUCCCACAAGCAAUGCUGAGCCAAUUGCUUCUUUGGAGAGUGGAGUGCUUGGAAUAGAUCAUGAGAGAGCUAAAGGUAGAAGGAUCUCCUGCGAUGGGAACGACUGCCGCUCCUCUCAAGACAAAAGAUCACGGAAGGCUAGCACGGUUAAGGAACCUAUUCUCCAGUAUCUGAAGCGCCAGAAAUCCCUACAAGCCUAAGAGAGAUGACUCACUUUGGAGAAACACCAACUUUUGAAUAAAAACAUUUGAGACAGAUCUCUGUUUUAUAACACAAGUAUUACAGGAAUGUCAUGGAAAAGUUUUGCUUUAUAAAACUGGUACAUGUAAAACUGGUAACAUUUGCAUUUGCGGACCUAAACUUCUCCCCAUUUGUUUUGA